AUGUCCGCACCCCAAGCCGACCGCCAAUCUCCUGGGCCGAAAAACCAAUCCGGAACUCAACAGCAAGACCCCAUGUUUAGUGAAUAUACAGCUAUUGACACCCGACCGGCAGCAGAGCUUGGUCAGGAACUUAGCGAAGGUAGCAGUCUCCAGUUGCCGAGAAACCCUGUGCCUCAUUUGGAGAAAAUUGAGGCGGGAAAAUAUGAGAAAUCCAUUAGGAAUUUCGAGGAGGGAAGUUUGUAG